AACGCACUCUCUCUUUCGCUAUCGACUUGUUCCUCGGCUCCGAUUCCUGACGCCGAAGGAGAGCGGGAAUUUCGUAAGUUUCAGCACGCUGAGCCCGGAAAAUUGGAAGAUUGAGCGCGUCCUUCGGCGAUUCAGGUUUAUCAAACCGGUUUCAAGGACGCGCAAUUUUUUCCAAGCGAGGAUUUUAAAUGCCUUUCGUCCGGCGAACUCCCCCUUCUGUUUAAAUGUGCGAUUUCCUCUUUUUUAUCAAAUCCUGCCGAAUCCUCGUAACGUCCGCAUCGAGCCAUAAGAAUUUGAAUCAACGAAGUUCGCUAUAAGAAUUUGAAUCAACGAUUUUAAAAAAUGGCAGGAAAGAAGAAAGGCAAGAAAGUGAAGAAAGUAAAGAAAGUGAAGAAACAGGAGAAAAAGAUCGUGGAUGAGUAUCAAUUACGUAGAGAUUUGAGAGAGCAGGCAAAGAUGACAAAAUCCGCGGACUUGGUACAGGAAGCUGCGAUGCUUACACAAGUUGAGCCUCAAUACUCCGAGGAUAUUAGGAUCGGUGGUAUAGAAGGAGGCGCUACACAUUCCACACUCAUAAUUCUCAAUGGAAAAGGUGCGAAGCUAACAGAAGUUAAAGGACCGCACACUAAUCAUUGGGUAAUCGGAGUAGAUGAGACAGCUGCCAGACUCAGUGCGAUGAUCGAGAGGGGUAAACAACUACUAGAUAUACCGGAAAAUGUUCCUUUAGAUUGCGUAGGACUUACUUUAAGCGGUUGUGAGGAGGAGACCAUCAAUCGUCAAAUUGUGGAAACUUUGUUGAAAGAAUAUCCGCAGUCUGCCAAAGACUACGUAAUUGGUUCAGAUACUCUUGGUAGCCUUAGGACUGGCCUGGAAUCCGGUGGGAUCGUGUUGAUCGCUGGAACUGGCAGCAAUGCUUUACUCAUCAACCCGGAUGGAAAAACUCAUGGUUGUGGAGGAUGGGGACACAUGAUGGGCGACGAAGGAGGAGCUUAUUGGAUCGCCUUUCAUGCUUGUAAAUAUGUAUUCGAUGAUAUUGAUGAUCUCAUUGAAGCACCAGAAUCAAUAAGUUACGUUUGGCCGGCAAUGAGAAGUUAUUUCAAUGUGACUGAUAGACACGGUAUAUUACCAUACCUAUACGCAAACUUUGAUAAGAGUACUAUUGCCGGUUUCACCAAGGAAAUUGUGGUCGGCUGCGAGAGGGGCGAUCCACUGUGCCUUAAACUCUUCGAGGAAGCUGGACAACUUCUGGCGAAACAUAUUAUCGCUGUCUCGAAGAAGGCGCAUAGCGAUCUCAAACUUGCUCACGGGGGUUUAAAGGUGAUCUGUGUCGGAUCUGUAUGGAAAUCAUGGAAAUUUAUGAAGAACGCUUUCAUGAACGAAAUUCACAACAGGAAUGUUGUAGAUGAAUUGAGUUUAAUGCAUUUGACAACAUCAUCGGCAUUAGGCGCUUGUUACCUGGCUGCAGAGAAAAUUAAUUGUCCUUUCGUCAAGCCGUAUGAUAGUAACGUUGAGAUUUUUUUUCAUUACAAGCGCGAUCACUAUCCAGAAACACGAAAAACAGAACAUUCGAUAGAAUUAAAAAAUCAUACGUCUGACUAUAAUGGUGCUCAGGUUCAUGGAAACGGGGAAAGUACGUGAUAAGAUAUAAAUAAAUAAAUAAGGAAAUUUUAAAAAACACUAGCGUUUUUUAGUCGGUACUGAAAUACGUUACAAGAGUAACAAAAACGAAUUCGCAUGAUUGUUAAUCGGAAAGAUCUAAGUUUCUAAUUGAAGCGAUUACGAAGCACAAGUGUAACAGAUCUAAAUAUACGAAUGAUAACUACACAGAUCUGCAAAAAAUAAAGAAUUACUUUUGUAAAAAUUACAGAUUGUAAAUAUCGAUUUAAC